UUGUGAAGGGUAUUAUAGCUUCGGCACAAACAAAGUUAACGUGUUUUCUUGCUUUUAUUUAAAUAUUGGUUAAAAAAAAAUUAACCCAAAUGCCACCCAAAAACAUCGUAUGUGUGUUCAAGCCAUAGAAAAUGUUUCAAAAAUAUUUUAUACUAAGCGUAUUAUUUUUCAAGUAUAAAAUAUUAAGACACCAUGUGAACGCUUUCGAAAACCAACCUAAGGCUUUAGUCAAAGGAAAUGCCGAACAACCCCAACAAUGUUAACAUGUGCCGGAGCAUCAACGACAACAGAGAAUUUGUAUGGAAAAGUUUGUGCCACCAGCAUGCCGCAAUACAGCAUCAGUUGAGUUUAUUAUCUCCAUGGGAGUGGAUAAUGUGCUUUCGUUGUACUCUCUCACGCGAAGCAAGGCAUUCAGUGCUUUUUGGGGCUUGGCUGCCUAAAAGCGGGACAAAUUCGGCUCAAAUGCUGUACAUAUAAAGCGAAUGAUUUAUGUACAUUGCUUGGCUAGCGCAUAAAAUAGUUCGUACUUAGUUGUUAAUACAAUACAAUGUUAAAUUGUUACUAAAAGCAAAUAUAAUUACGGGUAAAAUAUACAUAUAUAAUAUAAUAUAAUAAACCGCUUUUAAAGCGUAUCAAACGCAGUGGCAAUUUAUUAAAAACACAAACACUAUGGCAAUUACAUUAUAUGAUCUUUAAAUUGGUGGUCCUUCAAUCUAUGCCUGGACAUUUUGAUAUUGCACUGACUUAUUUCCAUUGAAAAAGCAUUUAUAGUACCUAAAAAAUCCUUACAAAAGUUUACUCAAGUUCUUUGAGCAAUAGAAUUUAAUUGUAUUUAAAAAAAAAAGUUUUGCUCUUAUAUAUUGCCAUCAAAAUGCCAGCAGGCAGGGUAGCCGGGAAAGCUGGCUAUUCCAAUCAUUAUUAUAACGGGCGUUCGUACGUGGGCAUCAACGAGGAGAUAAUGUGGGUUAGCAUAGGAAUGGGGGUAACAAUUGCAAUUCUCAUAACCAUUGCGUUGUGUUAUAUUGCACGUGAAAAAUGUCAAAAACGCCAACGUGAAUAUUAUGUGACCGCGUAGUUCCUUUCGCAAUCAUCCAUUUCAUAUAUACCGUUAUACCGUUUACAUUUCCUGAUUCCGAUCAUCCGAUUCACCUAAUCAUACUCACUCAUUAAAAGUCAACGAUUCCCGCGGAAGCCAAAAUGCAAUGGGUAGAAGUUGCAGUAUGGUGCAAAGAGAAAAUAUUACGACGAGUGAAAAAUAAAAGCAACGCACAAGAAAACAACAAACUUCCGUAAAAUAAAAAAGGUAUAUAAAAGCAUAUUAGAUUGUUCACGUACUUACUUACAUAUUCAUGUUGGUAUUUACAUAUGUGUGUGUUGUACAUAUACGAGUACAUACGUACUAGUUAAAGCCAUAUGCACAUAUGUAUGUACAUGUAUUUGUCACAGAUGUAUUAUAAUGUUGUGUAUUAGAAUAAAAACCAAAUGUAUUAUUGAAGUAAAUUAGGACCUUUAUUAUACACAAUUUAAUACCCAGAAUCCUCUAAUAAGCCUUUUUAUUGAUAUAACCUUGCGUAUGAAAAUCGAGGUACAUCUUUGCUCAAUAUAAAUUAUUAAUUAUAUUGAAAUAGUUUAUCAAUAAAUAAAAGAGAACAGCAAAAAGUAA